CGCUGCCAAGCACCGUCAGUCAGGCUUACGCUGCUCUCCCGCUCUCGCAUCGCAAUCGCAAUCGCAUUAUAUCCGACUGAUCGCGAAGUUCUUCGGCAUUAUGUGCGCCACGUGAUUGCUACAAUAUAUUGAAAGCCGUCGCCAUAUUAUCGCCGAUCUUUCGGAAUUAAGGAGUGGCAUGUGAAGAAUACAUCUGAUGUGAUCAGUUGAUAGUCAUGCAGUGAAGCCAGUGUGUGAAGUUCAAAGAAAAUACUAAAGAUACUUAAAAGUAACAUCAAAAUAAAAAACAAAUACAAGAUAGUGCAUUUUUUUUAGUUUACUAUUUAUGAAGUUUUGGAAUUUUACAUUCUGGAAAAGAUGAACCAGCUGUGCAAAGUGUGCGGCGAGCCGGCGGCUGGUUUUCAUUUCGGGGCAUUUACAUGUGAGGGCUGCAAGUCCUUUUUCGGUCGUACCUACAACAACAUUGCGGCGAUAGCAGGAUGCAAGCACAAUGGCGACUGCGUGAUCAACAAGAAGAACCGCACGGCCUGCAAGGCGUGCCGCCUGCGCAAGUGCCUCCUGGUGGGGAUGUCCAAGAGUGGUUCCCGCUACGGUCGCCGGUCCAACUGGUUCAAGAUCCACUGCCUGUUGCAGGAGCAGCAGACGACGACGGGCGUCGGAGGCGGGGGCUCGGCAGGAGGUGGAUCUGGUGUCGGAGUGAGCACCGCGAGUCUGGAGCAGCUGGCGCGCCUGCAGCAGGCGAGUAACCAGGCACGCCAAACCUACCAGGACAAGACGAAUCCCUGCAUUAAGUCGGCCACCGCAACAUCGCCCAGGAUCGAGGGAGCGGCCGUGGGCACAGGAGUUGGUGGCGCCGCUUCACCCUCGUUUAUGCAGGCGGCCAAGUUUCACCACCACCACCAUCACCACCAGCGGCAGUUGAAGCUCGAGUCUCGCCUCAGCAACACGCCCAGUGACUCCGGAGCAUCCUCUGCCGGGGAUCCCAAUGAGGAUGGGGCCACCAGUGUGCUCAGCGGUCAGAUACCCACACCGUCGUCCACCAACGCUAGUGCUCUACCGAAAUUGGAUCUGCGGCAUCCCAACUUUGCGGCGACUUCGGAGCCGGAUGCGGACUUGCAGAGGCAGCGCCACCAGGAACUGCUCGAGAUCUUUCGCAGCCACUCGGAGCCGCUGUACAGCUCCUUUGCCCCAUUCAGCCACCUGCCACCAGUGCUGCUCGCCGCCGGAGUUCCGCAACUGCCCAUUUUCAAGGAUCAGUUCAAGGCGGAGCGGCUGUUUCCCACGGCCAGCAGUCCGGAACUGGAGGAGCCCAUCGAUCUGUCUUUCAGAUCGCGAGCGGAUCAAGCCAGUCCGCUGGCCCACACCUCGAAUAGCCCCAGUUUAAGUGAGCCACCCGCCGCGAGUCACUGUUUGGGGGAAUCCCCGACCUUCGCGCGAAAGUCCACGCCCCUCGAUCUCACCCUGGUGAGGUCACAGACACUAACAGGCUGAGGUCAUCUCGUGAUUGCCAGAGAAUUCGUUCGAGUGCCAAAACAAUUUCGAGUACUUUAGGCUUAGGUUGCACAAAGUAUUUUGGUUUUGCGGAAAAGUCGAUCAGUUUUGAGGGAAUGUUUUUUGGAAUCUAUACAUAAACACAAGACUUUUUACAAAAAAAAAAAAAAAAACAAAAUU